GGGAGACGCAUGCGCACGGCCGGCGGAGAGGGCGCAAAAUGGCGGCGCCCGGCGCGACCUUCCGCCGCCUGCUGCUGCUGCUGCCGCUGCGCCGCCCGUCCCUGCCCGCCGCGUCCUGGCGGCACUACGGGCUGCGGGCGGCUGGCACCGGCGAGCUGGUGACACACACGGGGCAGGUGUAUGAAGAAAAAGAUUACAGGAAAGUUAGAUUUGUUGGGCGACAAAAAGAGGUGAACAAGAAUUUUGCAAUUGAUUUAAUAGCAGAGCAGCCUGUGAGUGAAGUUGAAAGCAGAGUGAUAUCAUGCGAUGGUGGUGGUGGAGCUUUGGGACAUCCUAAAGUAUACAUAAACUUGGACAAAGAUACGAAGACUGGGACGUGUGGCUACUGUGGACUUCAAUUUAAACAGAAACAUCACUGAAAGAUUAUCCCUGCAUGCUUGCAGACUUCUGUUAAGAUGUUAAUGUUUAACUAUAAAUAAACAAUAUAA